AUGGCUAGGCACGGGGACACUCGCUCACCAUCACCUGCAGGCAGUUCUUAUUCCUCGUCAAAACGCAGCCGGAAAGAUGAGGAUCGCUACGAGAGAAGUCGAAGAGACGAUAACCGUGACCGUGACCGCGACCGCGGUCAUCGUCGGAGACACUCCAGAUCUCGGAGUCCUGAUAGACGACACCGUGACCGCGAUAGAGACAGAGACAGGGAUCGCGACCGAGAUCGUGACGCCUACCGUCGCCGAGACCGUUCCUUAGACCGACGCUAUGAUGGGCGGAAGGACGAUGACUACUACUAUUCUAAAAGAGACAGAGACAGAGACAGAUCACGGGAGCGCGAUCGACGACGCUCACGAGACCGUGACGACCGUCGUCGGAGCCGAGACCGAGAUGGUCGCUCGAGGCGCGACGAUUCCCGCGACAAGGAUCGCCGGCUGAGAGAUGAGUCUACUGAAUCUAGGAAAAGGAAACGUGAUGAAAGUUGGGAUCGCGGUUCCAGACGAGAGUCGGGCAUUGCUUCGAAGGAGGCGUCGAAACCAGCCACCCCUACUGCAUUGACAGCCGAAGAACAGAAAGCGGCACGUCUGGCAAAGUUAGAGCAAUGGAAGAAGAAACAAGCGGAAGAGCAAGCUAGAAAGCAAAGGGAGCUCGAGGCCGCUGGUGGGGCACGAAGCAUAUUGCAGGAGAUUGACAGGAAAGCAGGCAUCUUGCCGGCAGUGAGUUCUCCGCAGUCCCCUGCAGCUCCUACUUCGCCAUCACCAGUUUCAACGCCGUACGCUGGCAAAUUCGAUCCCAAGGCCAUAGUGAAGAAGGCCCAGCAUGCCUCGGCCGCAACCAAGGUACUUGGGGGUGAUAUCGCCCCACCGACUUUGACCAACGGCCACGUCAAGGCCUCACAGCAAUCUCCAAAGCCUGCAGCAAAUGGCUUCUCUUCCUCAAAAGCAGUAAAAGCGACAGGGUCUGUGGGCAAAUUUGGACUAGGUAGCAGAACGACUACGGACAAUGAAGUAACAAAGAAAGGUCUGGAUUUUGCAGACGAUGAGGACACCAAGAAGAAACUCGAGAAACUUCCCAACAUAGCCUUGGAACAAGAUCUGAGUGUUGAUGACACUCAACCGGAUGGAGCCGACGACGGUGACAAUGAUGUUGACAUGCAGGAAGAAGAUGGGGAGGAAGACGCCCAAGCUAUGGCCGCCGCGCGUGCAGCAGCAGAGCAGCGGAGUCAAGCGGAGCGAGGCGAAGACACGACCAUGGCCGACGUAUCUGCCCAUCCAGCAACCACUACAACAAACGAAGAAGAGGAAGAAGUUGAUCCAUUGGACGCAUUCAUGCAGGAUUUGGAACCUGUUGAAACCUCCAGGUCUUUCAGUAAGAAGGCAACCUCCAAAUCGCGCCAACAAGAACCCGAGGCGCUUUUUGGGGAUGACGAAGUUGACAUUACAGCCGUCGAUGAUGAGCAUCCCGACAACAUCCUGUCCCUGGCCAGUGCCACUGCCAAAAAGAAGAAGAAGGACAUCCCGACCGUCAAUCAUGCCAAAAUGCAGUAUCAGCCAUUCCGGCGCAAUUUCUACUCAGAGCCCGUGGAAAUGGUUGAUUGGACAGAAGAAGAUGUAGCCAACUUGCGAAUGGAAUUGGACAAUAUCAAAGUCCGAGGGGUGGAUGUUCCGAAGCCGGUGCAGAAAUGGGCGCAAUGUGGGCUGGGAGUCCAAGUUCUGGAGGUCAUUCAGAAGUUGGGCUAUGACGCACCGACCAGUAUUCAGGCUCAAGCCAUUCCAGCCAUCAUGUCUGGUCGGGACGUUAUUGGUGUGGCCAAAACUGGGUCUGGUAAGACGAUAGCUUUUCUUCUCCCCAUGUUUCGACAUAUCAAAGAUCAGCCUCCUUUGGAACCCCUGGACGGACCGAUCGGCCUCAUCCUGAGCCCGACGAGAGAGCUUGCUACACAGAUACACAAAGAGUGCAAGCCCUUCCUCAAAGCUCUUGGUCUGAGAGCAGUGUGCGCCUACGGAGGUGCUCCCAUUAAGGACCAAAUUGCCGACUUGAAGCGGGGGGCGGAAAUCGUGGUUUGUACUCCUGGCCGAAUGAUUGAUCUUCUUGCAGCCAACAGUGGACGAGUGACGAAUCUGAAACGUGUCACGUAUGUGGUGCUGGAUGAAGCGGAUCGGAUGUUUGACAUGGGAUUCGAGCCUCAAGUUAUGAAGAUUCUCUCCAACAUCCGCCCAGACCGUCAAACCGUUCUCUUCUCCGCGACGUUUCCCCGGCAGAUGGAAGCGCUAGCAAGGAAAACCCUGACCAAGCCCGUCGAGAUUGUUGUCGGUGGUCGCAGUGUUGUUGCACCGGAGAUUACCCAAAUUGUCGAGGUGCGCGAAGACAACACCAAGUUUAUUCGGCUGCUUGAACUUCUCGGCAAGCUUUAUGAGGAUGAGAAGAAUGAGGACGAUCGGGUGCUCAUUUUUGUCGAUCGACAAGAGGCGGCUGAUGGUCUCCUACGCGAUUUGAUGAAAAAGGGAUAUCCUUGCAUGUCGAUCCACGGCGGGAAAGAUCAGAUCGAUCGGGAUUCGACGAUUGACGACUUCAAGGCCGGCGUGGUGCCCAUCCUCAUUGCGACAUCUGUCGCCGCACGUGGUCUUGACGUUAAACAGUUGAAAUUGGUGGUCAACUACGAUGCGCCCAAUCAUCUGGAAGACUAUGUACAUCGUGCCGGACGCACAGGCAGGGCCGGUAAUACGGGAACUGCAGUGACCUUUCUUACUCAAGAACAAGACAGAUAUGCUGUUGACAUCGCGAAAGCUCUGAAGCAGAGUGGACAGCCGGUCCCGGAGGCUGUUCAGAAGCUCGUGGAUUCGUUUAUGGAGAAGGUCAAGGCUGGCAAAGAGAAAGCCGGUGCGUCUGGAUUUGGCGGCAAAGGUCUCGAACGGCUUGAUCAAGAGCGUGAUGCAGCCAAGGCUCGAGAACGCAAAACUUUCAAAACUGGCGAUGAAGGCGAAGAGCAAGAAGAAAAGGAAGACAGUAAAGAUGUCAAAGUUGGCGAUGAUCUGUUCGCCAAAGCCGCGUCAAGCGUCAAGCCGUUCGAAAGCAGCACCAGUCUUCCCGGUGUGCCCAAGGGGAUUGACUUGGACGGCAAAAUCACGGUCCACAAGACUGAGCGUGACACUGGAGGAUCCAAAUCUGGCGCUGGGCCCCAGAAUCAAAUGGACAAGGUCGCGGCAGCUGUGGGUGCGAUCAAUGAGAAACUCUCCAAAGCAGGUGUCAUGCGGUCGGGCGUGCCUAUUGACAACAAGGGUCCUGAUGCUGGUGCAUUCCACGCGACGCUGGAGAUCAACGACUUUCCUCAAAAAGCACGGUGGGCAGUCACGAACCGGACGAAUGUGGCCAAGAUCCUCGAAGCAACGGGCACAUCUAUCACUACCAAGGGCUCCUUCUACCCUGCAGGUAAAGAGCCUGGGCCCAACGAGAAUCCCAAGCUGUAUAUCCUUGUGGAGGGCGAUACCGAGGUUGUGGUGCACGACGCCAUGAGAGAGCUGAUGCGGUUGUUGAAGGAAGGGACAAUGAGUGCGGCUGAUGCUGCCGAGAGGACUGGAGGGAGGUAUUCGGUGUUGUAA